AUUAUCAUAUUUUUUUAAUAUUUAAAGAAACCAAUUUACUUACCGCCAUCUAUAAUCCAAGCGCAAAACUUACAAUCCUAACCUAAAACAACCGUAAACAAACCAACUACGCAUGCGUUAAUCAAACAAGUUUUUUUGAAAAAAGCAACGUGCUCGAAACCCAACGGUUAUUUCUCGAACGUUGCAUCAAAACAAGGUCGAUUUUACUAAAUAACAGGUUGAUUAUCCAUUCGGGAUGAGUACAACAACAGAAAUCGAAGAGACAACGGCAAAGAAGAAACGAUCUCCCGACGUUUAUAAACGAUUCCUGGAGGAAACACUAGAAAAAGUCGCCAGCAGCGUCAGUCAUGAAAGAUUUCACGACAUUUUUCGACCAUUAACAUCUAAUACGUGGGAAACUUACGAAUGUUUUCAACAAGGAAUUGUGAAAAGUAUGCAUAAUGUUAUCGAUAGUUUAUCAAAGAAAGGAAGUAUUGAUGAAAAAAUUGAUAAAUUAAAGGGAAUAUUAAAAGAAGAUUUGAUUGUUUGUGAUGAUGAAGCUUGGAGACCUACAACUGGACAAAUAGAUGUUUUAUCAAUUGAAGGACACGCUUUAGAAGCUAGGAAAGCAAAACUUUUAGAAGCAAUCAAUAAUUUAGAAGAAGACAACGAAAAAAUUCUUUGUGUUAUAAAUGAAAAGAAACAAUUAUUAGAAAAAUGUGAUGACGAUUUAAAAUAUUUACGCCAACACUAACAUUUAAUUAUAAUAAUUUUUGUAUUUAUUUUUACAACUUAUAACGUUAAUAGAAAUCCUUAACCAAAACA